AUGUCGGAAAUUAUAUUAAUUGAUUCCGAUUCAGAAAAUGAAAUUCAACCUCAUAAGAAAUUCAAACCAAAUCCAAUAAAUGAAUCUAAGAUACCGAAUAACUUAUUAACAAAGCCAUUUAAAGAAGUUUCCUCAUCAUCAGAGUCUGAAGAAGAAGAAGAAAAUGAAGCACUCAAUAAUUCUAAUAGCAAUUUAAACUAUAAUCACACUAAUACGAACACAAUUUAUCAUCAAGAUUCAGAUUCAGAUUCAGAUUCAAAUUCUAGUCGAUCUCAAACUCCUUCAGAUGAUGAUGAUGAUGAUGAGUUUGAAUAUACAGAUUUAAUCAAUGCAAUAAAUCCAAAUGAUAUAGAACCAACAAGGAAAUUUCUUAGAGAACAUGGUAGUAUGGAAUUUUUACAAACUUAUUUACCAUCAAUAACUUCAUGUAAAGAUAUUAUAAAUUUAAUAUUACAAUUAGGAUUUAUACCGAAAAAUUUAAAACAAUUAAUUAAAAAAUCAACUUUAUUGAAUGAAAAUAAUUUAAGUGAAUAUGUUACAAUUUUACAUCAAGCAAUGAUGAAAAUUAAAUCAAUUCGUGAAAGAAAAGAAGACGUAAAAACUUAUAAAGAUGUUAUAGAAUUAAUUAAAAAAUCUUCAAAAAUUUUAGUUAUUACUGGAGCAGGAAUAUCAACAAGUUUAGGAAUACCUGAUUUUAGAUCAUCAAAAGGGUUUUAUUCAAUGAUUGAAUCAUUAGGAUUAAAUGAUCCACAAGAAGUAUUUGAUUUAGAUUUAUUUAAAUUAGAUCCUUCAUUAUUUUAUUCAAUUGCUGAUAAAAUUUUACCACCUGGUAAAAAUUUUAGUCCAUUACAUUCAUUUAUUUAUUUAUUACAAAAAAAGGGAAAAUUAUUAAGAAAUUAUACUCAAAAUAUUGAUAAUUUAGAAAGUUAUGCAGGUAUUAAAACUGAAAAAUUAAUUCAAUGUCAUGGAUCAUUUGCAAAUGCUACUUGUUUAACUUGUAAAGAUAAGGUUGAAGGUGAAAAAAUUUUCCCACAAAUUAAAUUAAAACAAAUUCCCUAUUGUUUAAAAUGUAAAAUUAAAAAACAACAACUCCAGAAAAAAAAUGAUGAAUUAGAAUUUCUGGAAAGUUUUGGAGUAUAUAAACCAGAUAUUACUUUUUUCGGUGAAUCAUUACCUGAAAGAUUUCAUGAUUUUAUAAAUAAAGAUUUAAAUGAUUGUGAUUUAUUAAUAAGUAUUGGUACUUCUUUAAAAGUUGCUCCUGUUGCAGAUAUAGUUGAAAAAAUUCCACAGUCCAUACCUCAAAUUUUAAUAAAUAAAGAUCCAAUAAAUCAUUGUCAAUUUGAUGUUAGUCUUUUAGGAUUUUGUGAUGAUAUUGCUAGUUUUUUAUGUAAUGAAUUAGGUAAUGAUUGGGAUUUACCUCAUAAAGAUUAUGAUUCUAUAAGAGGUCCCAAAGGAGAAUAUUUAAAUAUUGAAUUGAAAAAUGAAGAAUUAAGAGAAUAUCAUAUUGAAUCAAUUAAUAGAAAAGCUAAACUGGAAGAAGUUGAUUCUGGUUUAAAUGGUAUUCAAAAAGAUGAUAUUGAAAUUAAUGAAAUUGAAGAAUUAAGAUCUUUACCUUUAGAUUUAAUAUCGGAAGUUAAAAGUAUAGAAUAA